CUUGGAAGGCAGGACAGAGUGGGUGAGUUGCUUGUUUCCAGAUGCAUCCAACCUUAUGAUGGUAAGUAUUAAACUCCCACUCCAAAUAAUGCAUUGAUUCUGUGUGGACCUUAAUGGAGUCAUGGGUUAGGGAAGGUGGGACUCACUUUCCAUGUGACUCCCACAUGUGUAUUAGUAGUAGGUAUUUGUGAGCCCCAAAGAUUAAUCAGCACCUUCCUCUCUCUCUCUCUCUCUCUCUCUCUCUCUCUCUCUCUCUCGCUCUCUCUUCCUCGUAUGUUUGUGGGGACGGAAGGAAGAUGCUUGGGAGUCAUGUUGUCAAAACCUUUAGGAUCCUGCCGAUCUCGUUCGUAAUUCUCCUUCUCCCUGCCGCCACCGGGGCUGCAUACGACUACCGCGAGGCCCUGUCGAAGAGCCUGCUCUACUUCGAGGCGCAGCGCUCCGGCCAUCUUCCUUACCACCAGCGCAUCACCUGGCGCGGUCACUCCGGCCUCACCGAUGGCCUCGAACAAGGAGUUGAUUUGGUUGGAGGAUACUACGACGCAGGAGACCACGUAAAGUUCGGCCUGCCGAUGGCUUUCACCAUAACCAUGUUGUCUUGGGGUGUCAUGGAGAACGGGGAUGCGAUCGCGGCGGCCGGGGAGUUCGAGCACUCGUUGGAGGCGAUCAAAUGGGGGACUGAUUACUUCAUCAAAGCCCACACUCACCCCAACGUCCUCUGGGCCGAGGUCGGAGACGGCGACACCGACCACUACUGUUGGCAAAGGCCAGAAGACAUGACCACGUCGAGACAAGCGUACAAGAUCGACGCGGAGCACCCGGGAUCAGAGCUAGCAGGAGAGACAGCAGCAGCCAUGGCGGCCGCGUCCAUCGUGUUCAAGAAGACCAACCCACGCUACUCUCACCUCCUACUGCGUCACGCCCAACAGCUGUUCGAGUUCGGGAACAAGUACAGAGGCCGCUACCAUCUCAGCGUGCCGGCGGCGAAGAGCUACUACCCAUCGCUGAGCGGCUACGGCGACGAGCUGCUGUGGGCGGCGCUGUGGCUCCACCGGGCGACGGGAAGAGAGUAUUACUUGCAGUACGCGGUCGACAAAGCGUACACGUUGGGCGGGGCCACAUGGGCCAUUUCAGAGUUCAGCUGGGACAUCAAAUACGCCGGCGUUCAAAUUCUUGCGUCCAAGCUGCUGAUGGAAGGAGGCGGAGGACGUGUUCAAGACCAGCAUAGAAACACACUGCAGCAGUACCGAUCUAAAGCAGAGCAUUACUUGUGCUCCUGCCUCGGCAUGAGCAGCAACGACAGCAACGUGCGCCGCACCCCUGGUGGCCUCCUCUUCGUCCGCCGGUGGAACAACAUGCAGUACGUGGCCGGCGCCGCCUUCCUCCUCAUCGUUUUCUCCGACCAGCUCGCGCUGGCCCACGAAGAUCUGCACUGUCCCCGGGGUUCGCUCAGCCCGCAGGAAGUGCUCUCCUUCGCCAAGGCCCAGUUGGACUACGUCCUCGGCUCCAACCCAAUGGGCAUCAGCUACAUGGUGGGCUUCGGGCCCCGGUACCCCACCAGGGUGCACCACCGAGCGGCUUCCACCGUGCCUUACAAGGAGGACAAGUCCUUCAUCGGCUGCGCCCAGGGCUACGACGCGUGGUUCGGCCGGCAAAUGCCGAACCCCAACGUGCUCGUCGGCGCCAUCGUCGGUGGCCCGGGCGCCAAGGACGAGUUCAGGGACGUGAGGGGGAACUACAUGCAGACGGAGGCGUGCACGUACAACACGGCGCAGAUGGUCGGAGUGUUCGCGAGGUUUUCUCAGCCGGAGAGACGAUGACAAGCUUCUGCAUGCAAACAACACACGCAGACACAUAGGAAACAGGUUUUGGUUUUUUGAGCCCUUUAUUUCCUCGUUGCCAUUUGUAGGGACGAGGAUAUGUUUUACUGGGUAUAAGACACAUUAAAGCUACAGAAACAGUGAAGGUAAAAGCAACACAGAAAGAGAGAGAGAGAGAGAGAGAGAGAGAAACAUACAAGUUUCAUGGUUCAGCAGUGAGUCCUUUGUGAGUGAUGUGAUUGAUAUGUUCUCCUGUUCUUUUCUGGUUGCAAGGGCCUGCAAGCUGAGAUACCAUACGACCAAUCUUGCAUGGCUUCGAUGGCACUCUGUCACAUAUGCCAAGCAAUGAUAGGGAUAAACAGAUUCAUUUUUUCCUUGACAAC